GUCACAGCUCCAAAUGAACAGUACAAUGGCCGCAUCGUCGAACAGAAUCAUGCUGGGCCCCCUCGUCGCCGCCAUCGAUCAGGGCACAAGCUCGACGCGUUUUCUGGUUUUCAACGCCAGAACUGCAGAGCUCCUCAGCCACCAUCAAGUAGAGAUCAAACAGAGUUUCCCUAAGGAGGGCUGGGUGGAAGAGGACCCUAAGGAAAUUCUGCAGUCCGUGUAUGAAUGCAUGGACAGAACCUGCGAGAAACUAACCCAGCUCAACAUCGACAUCUCCAACAUCAAAGCCAUUGGCGUGACCAAUCAGAGAGAGACGACGCUCGUUUGGGAUAAAGAAACAGGAGAGCCUCUGUACAAUGCUAUUGUGUGGCUGGAUUUGCGGACACAGUCCACCGUGGAACGACUCAUCAACAAAACGCCGGGAAGGAACAAAAACCACCUGAAGCAUAAGACGGGCCUUCCCAUCAGUACGUAUUUCAGUGCGGUGAAGCUGCGUUGGCUGAUGGAUAAUGUGACUGAGGUGCAUGAGGCUGUGUUGUCCCACAGGGCCAUGUUUGGCACAGUGGACUCCUGGCUCAUCUGGUGUCUAACUGGGGGGAAGAAAGGAGGUGUGCACUGUACUGAUGUGACUAAUGCCAGCAGGACAAUGCUCUUCAACAUUCACACAAUGGACUGGGAUCCUGACCUCUGCAAGUAUUUCGAUAUUCCCAUGGAGAUUUUGCCAAAAGUGAGGAGUUCCUCAGAAAUCUACGGCCUGAUGAAAAUUUGUUCUAGUCUGAAAUCUGGUUCUCUCACUGGAGUGCCCAUAUCAGGAUGUCUCGGAGAUCAGUCAGCAGCACUGGUAGGACAGAUGUGCUUUCAGGAUGGCCAAGCCAAAAACACGUAUGGAACCGGCUGUUUCCUGCUUAGAAACACUGGAAGCAAGCCAGUGAUGUCAGAUCACGGCCUCCUGACCACGGUCGCGUACAAACUGGGCAGAGACAAGCCGCCCUGCUACGCUCUGGAGGGUUCAGUAGCCAUAGCAGGAGCGGUCGUCCGCUGGUUGAAGGAUAACCUUGGAAUCAUCCAGACUUCUUCAGAACUUGAGAAACUGGCCGCGGGCGUCGGCACAUCGUACGGCUGCUAUUUCGUCCCGGCGUUCUCUGGGUUGUACGCCCCCUACUGGGAGCCUAGCGCCAGAGGAAUCAUCUGCGGUUUGACUCAGUUCACGAACAGGAGUCACCUGGCCUUCGCCGCUCUGGAGGCUGUUUGCUUUCAAACACGAGAGAUCUUGGACGCGAUGAAUCAAGACAGCGGCAUCCCCCUGAACCAGCUGCAGGUGGACGGAGGCAUGACCUCCAACCGCCUCCUCAUGCAGCUCCAGGCCGACAUCCUGUGCAUCCCCGUGGUGAAGCCGUCCAUGCCCGAGACAACGGCUCUCGGCGCCGCCAUGGCAGCGGGCGCGGCCGAGGGGGUCAGCGUUUGGAGCCUGAACCCCGAGGACCUCACAGAGGUCACCUCCGAAAAGUUUGAGCCUCAGAUCAACCCAGAAGAGAGCGAGUUCCGCUACGCGCGGUGGAAAAAAGCCGUUCAGAGAGCCAUGAACUGGGAGACCACCGAACCCAUCUGCAAUGGAAACGAGGAAACUAGUAUCUUCAGUAGUGUCCCCUUGGGAUUUUACAUUCUUGGUAGCAUGUUAAUGUUAAUCGGAGCAAAGUACAUCGCAGGCCACAAACACAUUUGAGAAAUGCUCCGCGGUUUCGGAAGAGGAGUACGACCCCGGCGAUUGGCAUAUUCACCACCCCUUCCAAAAGGUCCAGUGACCACUCAGCGUGGUGUUGUGGCAGUGCCUCUCCCUAAAGAACAUUCCAACCGAAAACUGUCAGUACUCCGUAACACCUCACCCUCUCUAUCAGCCCAAAAGAACUUCUCGAGAACUUCCGGGAACGUUCUGCAGGCCUGUCACCGAACGAGCGAAUCAUUCGAUGGUCCACCUGACCCGGAACAAAUAUAUGGGAUCUGUUAGACGCGACCUUGAGGCCUGUCCGGUUUUUUUUUGAAAAUGAUUUUGAAUAUCAUCAUGGUGCUGAACCUCAGAGGCGCUGUUGUUCCCUUGUCUUGCACGACCCAGUGGUACGGUAAACCGAAGCGGUGGUUUUUUGUGAAGUGGCUCCAUAUGCUCGUUCGUUCGCUUUGCUGCUUUAUCGAUGUUGUAAACUACCACGUUUGUAAAACGCUGUCUAUAGUUGAUACCUCCUUCCUAAUGGUACCGUUUGUCCACCAAAAACACAGCUUCUUUUUUUUUUUUUUUGAAAUUGGAAAGACAAUCACAUUCAUUCUGUGUAAGCAUGGGCUUUUGUUUUUGAGUUGUUGUUGUUGUUGUUAUUUUUUUUGUUUUGUUUUUAGAGAAAUGACAAAUACCAUGAAGAAAGCUGAGGUACAACCUUUCUGAGAAGUAACGUUAGAUGUUUUUUAAGCACUUUAUGAAUCAUG